UACAAACAUAAUCCCCACAAACAAAACCCAUUCAUCAAUCUUCCACACACGCACAUAAACACUCCCAUGGCUUCCUUGGCACAACAAAUAGGCGGUCUAAGAUGCCCAUCACUCUCAACAACACAUCUAUCAAGAAAACCAACCUCAUUCCUGACCAGCCAAUCAGUGAAAAGAAACCAUCAUCAGACAAUAAUAAAAGCAGCAUCUGUCAUAUCAAAUGCACAAACAAGAGAAAGAGAGAAACUUAAAGAAUUGUUUGAAGAAGCUUAUGAAAGAUGCAGAACUGCUCCUUAUGAAGGUGUUGCCUUUACCCUUGAAGAUUUUCAUUCUGCUAUUGAAAAGUUUGAUUAUAAUUCUGAAAUUGGCUCUAAGGUGAAAGGAAUUGUUUUUCAAGUAGACGCGAAAGGGGCGUAUGUUGACAUUACAGCAAAAUCCUCGGCAUUUUUACCGGUUAGGGAGGCGAGUAUUCAUGCCAUAAAUCAUGUAGAAGAGGCAGGCAUAGUCCCCGGAAUGCGUGAUGAGUUUGUUAUUAUUGGUGAAAAUGAAUAUGAUGAUAGCUUAAUCUUGAGCUCACGCCAAAUUCAGUAUGACCUCGCGUGGGAGAGAUGUCGGCAGCUACAAGCUGAAGAUGUGGUGCUUAAGGGCAAGGUUGUUGGUGCCAACAAAGGUGGAGUUGUGGCGAUUGUUGAGGGACUUCGUGGAUUCGUUCCAUUUUCACAAAUUUCGUCGACUUCAAGUGCCGAAGAGCUUCUUGAGCAGGAAAUUCCAUUAAAGUUUGUGGAGGUAGACGAAGAACAAUCAAGACUCAUUUUGAGCAACCGCAAGGCCAGGGCCGAUAGCCAGGCACAGCUUGGUAUCGGUUCUGUUGUCACUGGUGUUGUGCAGAGCUUGAAACCGUAUGGUGCAUUCAUUGACAUCGGUGGAGUCAAUGGGCUUCUCCAUGUUAGUCAGAUCAGCCAUGAUCGUGUCUCUGACAUUGCAACUGUUCUUCAACCUGGUGAUACUCUCAAGGUUAUGGUAUUGAGUCACGAUCGCGAGAGGGGCCGAGUUAGUCUGUCUACUAAGAAACUUGAGCCGACUCCUGGAGACAUGAUUCGCAACCCGAAGUUAGUUUUUGAGAAGGCAGAGGAGAUGGCAAUGACCUUCAGGCAGAGAAUUGCUCAAGCAGAAGCCAUGGCUCGUGCUGACAUGCUUAGAUUCUCACCUGAGAGUGGAUUGACUUUGAACUCAGACGGGACCUUAGGUCCACUUAGCUCGGACUUGCCCGCAGAGGGUUUGGAUUUGAAUGAGAUCCCUUUGGCUGAAGAUUAAUGAAAAACUUUCACAUCCGCUGCAUUUAUCGUUUUGUUGUUUGUUGUAGUUAUUGUAGAGUGAUUAUUAUGGUUCCCCAUGGAAGCUGCGAAGCAAUUUCACAUUUUGAUAAUGUAAAUUUAUCUGUUCUGCGAUA